AUGGCAAAUGCGCGGCCAUCACCUCUAGUGGUGCUUCUUGGAGCCGUCUUGUUUUUCUCGGCCAAUGUCUUUGCUGUGGCCGCCGUCCUCGGUGUUGAUCUUGGAACCCAGAACAUCAAAGCCACCCUUGUGAGGCCGGGCAGACCCCUCGAGAUUGUCCUGACCAAAGAUGCCCGCCGGAAGGAGACCUCUGCCGUCGCAUUUACGCCAUCCAGUAGCGGCCCCAAGGCUGACCGGUCCCCUAAACGACUCUACGGUGCGGAUGCGAUGGCUGUCGCCGCUCGCUUCCCCGACGAAGUCUACCCGAACCUGAAGACGCUCCUCGGCCUUCCCAUCGACGAUGCCUCCGUGAAGGAAUAUGCAGCGCGUCACCCGGCCUUGCAGCUGCAGGCUCAUAGCAGCCGAGGCACGGUUGCUUUCAAAAACAAGAUGUACGGAGAUGACUGGUUGGUCGAAGAAAUAUUGUCCAUGGAACUCUCCAACGUCCAAAAAAACGCCGAGGCGGCAGCCGGUAAUGGGCUCUCUGUGCAAUCCGUCGUCAUCACUGUUCCUCCUUUUUACACUGUCGAGGAGAAGCGUGCUGUUCAGCUAGCCGCCGAACUCGCCGGCCUCAAGGUCUUGAGCUUAAUCAGCGACGGUUUGGCUGUUGGUUUGCACUACGCUACUAGCCGCCAGUUCCCCAACGUCAACGCUGGCGAGAAACCCGAAUACCACAUGGUCUUUGACAUGGGUGCAGGCUCUACCAGCGCUUCCGUUCUGCGCUUCCAAAGCCGCACCGUCAAAGACGUCGGAAAAUCCAACAAGACUGUCCAGGAGGUCCAGGUUCUUGGCGGCGGCUGGGACAAGGCUCUUGGUGGUGACUCACUCAACCACCUGAUAGUGGAUGACAUGAUCUCACAGUUUGUCGAGACCAAGGGAGCAAAGAGCAUUCCUGUCACGGCUCAGGCUGUCCGAUCUCACGGACGAACAAUGGCCAAGCUGGCCAAAGAAGCUGAGCGGCAGCGACUCCUUCUCAGCGCCAAUCAAGACGCUGCGACCAGCUUUGAGCAGCUCUUUGAAGGUGUCGACUUCAAGUACAAGACUACGCGCGCCGCUUUUGAGACCAUGGCUGAGACUCACGCUGAGAGAAUUGAAGCCGUCGUCAACGACGCCGUAAAGAUGUCUGGUAUUGAACCGAGCGACCUGACUUCCAUCCUCUUACAUGGAGGUGCUACUCACACUCCGUUUGUUCAGAAGGCUCUCGGAAAAAUAGUCGGCUCCGCUGACAAGGUUCGUUCCAGUGUCAAUUCUGAUGAAGCUGCGGUGUUUGGUGCAGGAUUCCGCGCCGCCGAGCUGAGUCCUAGCUUUCGAGUAAAGGAGAUCAGAAUCUCCGAGGGCUCCAUGUACGCUGCCGGUCUGAAGCGUGCUAGCGGUGAGAAGCGACAGCGUGUGUGGACCGCGACCUCACCUUUGGGUGACACAAAGGAAAUCACCUUUACCAACCACAAUGACCUCGCACUUUCUUUCUACCAACAAGUUGGUGACGACGACAGAGACAUUGCCUCCUUGUCGACCAAGAAUCUGACUGCUACUGUGGCCGCCAUCAAGGAGAAAUACCCCUCGUGCGCGGAGUCGGAAAUUGUGUUCAAGCUUGGCGUCAAGUUACGUGCCGAAAAUGGGGAGAUUGAAGUUGCCAGGGCAGCUGUGGAAUGCGAAGCUGAAGUCACCGUCAAGGAACGUAUUGUCGAUGGCGUCAAAAAUCUGUUUGGUCUCGGAAAGAAGGAUCAGAAGCCUCUCAAGGACGAUGACAAGACUGCCGAUUCUAAAGGGUCUGAGAGCUCUGAGGAGGCCAAGUCGUCCAGCUCAUCUUCCACGGUUUCCGGAGCUACCGAAUCAGCUGCUCCAACCGAGGAAGUCAAGGAGGUCAAGAAGAAACAAAUGGUUUCCAUUCCUGUUGAAGUUGUUUUAGAGAAGGCGGGCGUUCCCGCACUGACCAAGUCGGAGCGGAUCAAGAUCAGGGAUAGACUCAAAGCAUUUGCAGCUUCUGACAAGGCUAGGCUCGAGCGCGAGGAGACGCGCAACCAGCUUGAAACCUACGCUUACGAGGCCCGGCAACUCCUGGAGGAAGAAGCCUUUAUCGGGGCCUCGACAGAGAAGGAGCGCGCUGACUUGGCCAAGCAAUCCAGCGUAAUCGGCGAGUGGUUGUAUGAAGAUGGAGUCGACGCUACCACUGAAGUGUUCAAAGCCAAGCUGAAGACUCUUGAAGAUAUUGUCUUGCCUGUACAGUCCAGAAUCGACGAGGCCGCACAGCGACCCAAGAGGAUCGUUGCCCUAAAGGAGUCCAUCAAGCGCAUUAGUGAGUACUUGGACUCGGUGCACAAGCAAAUCGCAGAGUAUGAGGCGUGGGAGGCGACGGCUGAUUCCGCCAGCACCAGCGAACCAUCAACAUCAACGACCUCGGCCCCGGCAGAGAGCCCGACGGGCGAGUUUGAUGGCCUAGAGGACGACGACGCCAAGGACGCCGGCAAGGAAGCCAACAAGGACGGCAAGCGCGAGGAGCAGCCUGGCCCCAAUCCACCUCUUUUUGAGAGAGAAGAUCUCAAGGACUUGGAGACACUUGUCAAAACCACGAAAGAUUGGCUCAGUGAAAUGCAGCCUAAGCAAGAGAAACUGCCCCCUACUGCAAAUCCUGUACUCCUUGUCAAGGACAUCUCCGAGAAAAUCCAGAAACUUGACAAAGUCAGCAUGGAUCUGGCUAUGAAGGGAACCAAACGCUUUGGACCCAAGGCCAAGAAGGCGGCACAUAAGCUUAAGAAGAUGAAGUCAAAGAAGGGCGAAGGCGCAGAAGACUCCAAGGACCAGCGUAUGACGGAAGAGCAACUCGAGGAAUUGAUGGAGAAAAUCAAGGCCAUGGAGAAGGAGAAACAAGCCGAGAAAACGGAGAAGGGCAAGGAGACGGACGAGAAGGCCGGGCAUGACGAACUGUAG